GUACACGCUGACGUCAUGACGGCGACACGUUGUUAUUUUUUGGCGCGAAAUUGUUCAUCCGAAGGUUCCGUAGUUACCGCGCGUGAGAAUGUAAACAGCGCUGGAUUUGGGAUUUAAUUUCGCGUUUCUUGUGAAGUUUGCUCUGCAGUUUGGUUUUAAGGAGUGUUGUAGACAGUAGCCGAGCUGAUUCUCUGAUUCUCUGAUUCUCUGUACAGUUAACGUGUUAAAGUGUCUCUGCGGACUCCGGCGCUGUUGUUCGCGGCGCGUGAGAAUGGCAGACGCCGGUGAGCUGAGCGGAGGAGAGGAGAGCCAGGAGGAGGAGGUCAUGACCCCAGCGGAGCUCAUCAACAAACUCGAGGAGGCUUGGCUGAAUGAGAAGUUUUCUCCAGAACUGUUGGAGAACAAGUCAGAGUUGGUGGAGUGUGUGAUGGAGCAGAUCACUCACAUGGAGGAAAAUCUGCAGCGGGUGAGGAAAGGUGAUGUGAAGGCCAGUGUGCAUCGCAUGGAGAUCGAUCGCAUCCGCUUUGUUCUGAGCAGCUACCUGCGCUCAAGACUUCAGAAGAUAGAGAGGUUUUUUCCUCACGUUUUGGAGAAAGAAAAGUCACGUGCUGAUGGAGAUCCUUCAUUUCUCUCUCCUGAAGAGUUUGCCUUCGCUAAAGAGUAUCUGGCCAACACAGAGGUGUACCUCCGAAACGUGGCUCUGAAACACAUGCCCCCGAACCUGCAGAACAUUGACAUGCUGAAGGCUGUUCUUGAGCCAUGUCUGGACUCGUUUGUGUUCCUGAGAGUGAAAGAGAAGCAGGAGAAUAUCCUGGUGGAGCCUGAGACAGAUGAGCAGAGGGAGUACGUUGUGGACUUGGACGAAGGUUCGCAGCACCUGAUGCGUUACCGUACUAUAGCGCCUCUAGUGGCCAGCGGUGCAGUGCAACUCAUUUAAACCUGCAAAGCCUCAGGAACUGAUUGAAGAUGCCACAGAGGAACAGAUCGUCUGCGUACUCCACCCUUACAUGCUAGAUGGGCAGCUGUGAACAUCCGUCAGCCCUUUACAGAUCCUGUCUGGACCCGGAGUACAUAUGUACAUAUGUUUGAAUCCAAAAGCAUUUAUAUUUUAAAAUGCCUAAUUCUCAUCAUGGAACUGACUUAAAAGUAGUAUGGAUUAUUAUCGUUGAGUUUAAAAAAGUAAGAAAAAAGUACUAAUCUAUAAAAACAAACAAUCUUUGAUGUAUUCUGACAAAUGGAUAUGUAACAAACACAGUAUUGUUCUCUUGCUCUAAGACAGUCUGAAUGGACGUUUAUCUGGAUUGUUUUGAGUUGUUAAUAACGUCCAGCAAAAUUUCAUCACAUAUUGACAGCUCAGUUAUUGCAGUCUGAUCAGAAACUAGUGAACUCUUGCUCUGAAACGGAAGCUGUGGUUUUCUCUGAAAGAGGGAAGUUGUUGGUUUGGGCGUAAAUGGUCAUUGGGGUUUUGCUGGUGUGUUAGAAUAAAAUGAUUUUAUUUAUGUUUCUA